UGUUGUAGCUGGGGCUACAACCCAUGCGAGGUCCUUAUAUGCGACCGUACCGUGACAGGAGCUUUCGUCGCUGGAGCUUCGGGUGAACGGGGCAGGCGCAGGCGAACAUCACGCGAUUCUUUGUGCUUCCAUAAUAAGCGACAUGUGUUAUUGAGCAUUUUCGCACAUAUCCGAGCCACCCCAGGCUAAUCCAAACCAAAACCUGCACUUGCCAUCUACUGCCGCUUCAAACCACAGUCCUCCAACUUCCGCAGGACAUCCUCUCGCUAGCCACGCACAGGCGCCGAGGACCCCCGAAGAUAGGCAGCACCCACCUCACCGCAUAUCUGGGCGAUACUAGCGACAAUCCUCCUACUGGCCCAGCGCUAUUUCCGCUGCGCUAAACCCGAAGCACUCUUACAAUGCCCGCCGGCGAUAACAACUCCCUCAGCAGCCUUCUCGUUCGGUGGAAGCAGCAUGUGGACCAUCAUGUGAACACCACCCUCAGCGACCUUUUCGGCAUUCCCUCGGUUGUUUCCAAGAGCUACGCCGCUGGGGACAAUGGAGUCGCCGCUUCCGCUCCGUCCGGAGGCUCCACGCCGGCUGCCUCCGCGCCUGGCCCGGCCCGGGAUUCCGACGCUGGCGAGCCCACCCAAUAUCAUUUCCUGGAAGGGCUUCUGAUGCGCCAGUGGUAUCACUGGGCUGUUCUCUCGCCCUAUUCGCCUUUCAACCUGCAACACCUGCCCCCGCCCAUCCCUAACGACCUGUCCGCCGACGCAGCCAGCCCGAACGGGUUCGCCGACGCCUUUGAGGAUCUACUUCGCGCCAGCUCCGGCCAGAGCCUUGCCGACCACCAAGAGCGCCAACGCCGCGCUACGGAUCCGGAGCGCCGCAGGUUCGACCGGCGCGUGCUUUGGCUGGCAGACCUUCGUCAUGGCAAUCUUCUCGCCAGCUACUACCCCGCCGGCAGCGACGACAGCAAAAUACUCGGCCCACUCAUGGCCGGCAGUUCGCCCACCGCCUGGCUGGCGUCGCUGCGCAGGCGGGGUCUGUAUGACUCUGUCUUCCCGUCCGACUCUGACAUCCGCCUGAGCCCGUCGCGCCACAUGCGCAUCGGCAGCCUGGCCGUGCUGCCACCCCGUGACCCCUGGAACUUUUACUGGCAGGAUGUCGCCGACUGGGGCUUCAGGGGCUGGGGCAAUGCGGGCCUACGUCUCGGCUUUGAUAGCGGAUGGCUCGGACUGCCCGAACCAGGAGAGCCUGCGCAACCAGCUUCACGCUGGCCCGAAACGGAAGAGGCACUGUUCGACGGCACGCGCAGGCGGCCACAAGAGCAACCUGAUGCCCGUGAGCCAGGCACCCACACGACGACCGAAACCAUCGCCGGACCGAACGGGACGACCACCAUUAUUACGCGCAACGAAGAGGUCGACAAAGACGGCAACGUUCGCCACACCAGGAUCGUUUCCAAGACGGUCGACGCUGAUGGAAACGAGAUAGCGAGACAGACCGAAUCGAGAUAUCAGGCCAGCUUUGGCGGCAAAUGGUCCUGGGACAGCAGCAAGACGGAGGACGGUGGGAAGCAGGACGGCGAUGGGACCAAGAAAGACUCUUGGUUCUGGAAGUCUGAUCGUUGAGGGUUUGUUGCGUUGCUGGCCAGCGAAGACAGACUGCGAGGUAUCCACUUGUAGUUUCUCUUUCUUCCCAUUUGUUCGUGCUCUUAUCUUAUUUUUUCUACGCUGUCGAAACUUUAGGUGCUUGACUGGUUUUUCUUUAUAUCCGAUGGUUUUGGGCUGGGACGGAAAACAGGACAGGACAGGGCAAGACGACAAAAUGUGGUGUGGGCUCGCGCAGAAAAUGGAUUUGAUGGCACCAAUUCAGAUUGGAUACCGUGUGCAACCAAGGUGGCAGGACAUGGAAAGUCGGGUUGGAUAGGAACGGCUGAAUGAUAACGAUCCGAGAGACUUCCGUUUUGCCACAAAUUUGCGCAGGGCCGCAGGUA